UUAGCGGUUAUAGUCCAGCGCGCGCGCGCGCCCUCUCUCUCUCUCUCUGUCUCUCAACUUCCUUCUCUCUCUCAACUCCUACAAAAAUGGGUUUAACUUAUCUCCGAUUCCCCCGCCGGAGCUCCGGCCAUCAGUUAUCUUCUUGAAGUUUCCCGAUUGACUUCCGGUGGAACCCUCAGGUUUCAGGGGAUUGAGGUGUGAUUGAGUGGGAAAUGAGAUUUGAGGGAUAAUGAAGAAGGUGAUAGCGAGAAAGGUGGGGAAGUAUGAGGUGGGCAGGACGGUUGGGGUGGGGACUUUCGCAAAGGUUAAGUUUGCGCAGAACACGGAGACCGGAGAGGGCGUUGCGUUGAAGGUUAUGGCCAAAAGCACCAUCCUCAAGCACAAGAUGGUGCAUCAGAUUAAAAGAGAGAUAUCAAUAAUGAAGAUUGUUCGGCACCCUAAUAUAGUUAGGCUGCAUGAGGUUUUGGCUAGCCAGACCAAGAUAUAUAUUGUUCUAGAGUUUGUGACCGGAGGAGAACUCUUUGAUAAAAUAGUUCAUCAAGGAAAGCUCUCUGAGAAUGAAACCAGGCGCUACUUUCAACAACUUAUAGAUGCUGUUGCUCAUUGUCACAGCAAGGGUGUUUACCACAGAGAUUUGAAGCCUGAAAAUCUUCUUCUUGAUUCUCAUGGAAACUUGAAGGUUUCUGAUUUUGGACUCAGCGCAUUGCCCCAACAAGGAGUUGAGCUGCUUCACACAACUUGCGGGACACCAAAUUAUGUUGCUCCAGAGGUUUUAAGCCACCGUGGUUAUGACGGUGCCGCAGCAGAUGUCUGGUCAUGUGGAGUCAUCCUUUAUGUUUUGAUUGCGGGCUAUCUGCCUUUUGACGAUUCAGAUCUUCCAACCUUGUACAAAAAGAUCAAUACUGCAGAUUUUUCAUGUCCGUUUUGGGUUUCUCCUGGUGCAACGUCAUUGAUACGCAGGAUACUUGAUCCCAACCCUGAAACUCGCAUUACGAUUCAAGGGAUUAAGAAUGAUCCAUGGUUUCGAAGGAAUUAUGUGAAUGUAAAAUAUGGAGAAGAUGAAGAAGUGAAUUUGGAUGAUGUUCGUGCUGUUUUUGAUGACAUUGAGGAUCAUUAUGUAACCGAACAUUCUGCAAAUAAUGACACUGGGCCUAUAAUAAUGAAUGCAUUUGAGAUGAUUACCCUCUCUCAAGGGUUAAAUCUUUCAGCCUUGUUUGACAGACGGCAGGAUUAUGUGAAGCGGCAAACUCGUUUCGUGUCUCGCCAACCGGCUAAAGUUGUAAUCUCAACGGUUGAAGCUGUUGCAGAAUCAAUGGGACUGAAGGUCCACACACGACAUUACAAGACAAGACUUGAAGGAAUAUCUGAGAAUAGGAAGGGACAAUUUGCUGUUGUUUUGGAGGUUUAUGAAGUUGCUCCAUCUCUUUACAUGGUUGAUGUGCGUAAGGCUUCUGGGGACACUCUUGAAUAUCACAAGUUUUACAAGAACUUCUGCAGUAAACUGGAGCAUAUUAUCUGGAAACCGAAGGAGGGUAUGGCAAAGUCACCUCUGCCUAGAACAAUGACUUGCUGACCCAGUUGCUUGGGCGUGAAGCAAACCAUUAAGCGGAGCUACUAUCUUUUGUCGAAGGAGGCAUAUCUUGUGCCUCAAGUCAUGCAACGUGUUUUAUGCAGAUUGUAUAUAUUAGUUCACAUGUAGAUAUAAGCCAUGUUUGAUAGCCGUUGGUAAAUCCAAUUGAUCCUGCAUGGUACCCAUUUGUUGUUUUGGUCCCCCCAAUCUCGUGUUGGGUUUGUUAGCAGAAGAGGGUUUGGCGUGUGAUUGCAAAAGCACUUGAAUGGUGGGAGUUAUAAUACCACUUCCGACGUGGUAUUGUUAAUCUUCCACUAGGGGAUUGGAACAUCCAAUGCUACUAUGAAUCUAGUCAAACCCUCCAAAACUUAUACCAGUUACCAAACAUGGCCUUAGUCAACGUGGUUAUAUGCUGAAAUCGGAAUUACUUGUUGUAUGUAGUUCAUCCAAACUAGGUUCGUUGGGGUUGACUGGUUCCCUUUGUUUUUAGAACUGUAUUGUAUCAGACAGUUGGUUUUUUGGCAUGUUGUAUUCUUUUUGUGAGCCAAAAUUAUUGCAUAUAUGACUACAAUAUACACGUUAUAUUUAGUGAAUUGGAAAGGUGGAUUUUGAUUUUCA